AUGGUAGAGAGGUCAGGGAUAGACCUUCUGGAUAAAUGUAACAGAAGAAAUAUAUUGGCUAAACAUCCCAUUGUAUCGCCAGAUUGUGACAUUGAAGCUAAAGACAUCAUGGAAGAUUCUCUGGAAAACCCUGUGAUCCCAAUUAUACAUCAAGUCCCUCACCAUGCAGAUAUAUCAUCUGUUACCUCUAAUCAUGAGGACUGUUCACAUGAUACCUCAGAUAUUGGUCCAUCUAUCACAGCUCUCAAAGUAGGUAGAACAUUUCCCAGUGUUGUACAUGACAAAUGUUUUAUUCAGAGCACAAAACUUAUUACCCAUCAGCCACCUAAGACAGGUAAGAGGCAAUUUCCAUGCUCUGAGUGUGGGAAAUGUUUUAAAGAGAAAACAGGUCUUGUUAUCCAUGAGAUGAGUCACAGAAGUGAAAGACCAUUUUUAUGCUCUGAGUGUACAAAAUGUUUUACUUACAAAUCACAGCUUGUUAUGCAUGAGAGAAGUCAUACAGGUGAGAUGCCAUUUCCAUGCUCUGAGUGUGGGAAAUGUUUUGCUUACAAAUCACAGCUUAUUAUACAUGAGAGAAGUCACACAGGUGAGAAGCCAUUUCCAUGCUCUGAGUGUGGGAAAUGUUUUGCUUACAAAUCACAGCUUGUUAUACAUGAGAGAAGUCACACAGGUGAGAAGCCAUUUCCAUGCUCUGAGUGUACAAAAUGUUUUACUCGCAAAUCACAGCUUGUUAGUCAUGUGAGAUGUCAUACAGGUGAGAGGCCAUUUGCAUGUUCUGAGUGUACAAAAUGUUUUACUCACAAAUCACAGCUUGUUAGACAUGAGAGAAGUCACACAGCUGAGAAGCCAUUUCCAUGCUCGGAGUGUACAAAAUGUUUUUCUCACAAAUCACAGCUUGUUAUACAUUUAAGAUGUCAUACAGGUGAGAGGCCAUUUAAAUGUUCUGAGUGUGGGAAAUGUUAUAGACUCAAAUUAGAUCUUGUUAGACAUGAGAGAAUUCACACAGGUGAAAAGCCAUUUUCAUGCUCUGAGUGUGGGAAAUGUUUUUCACAUAAAUCAUAUCUUGUUGAGCAUGAGAGAAAUCAUAGAGGUGAGAGACCAUUUCCAUGCUCUGAGUGUUCAAAAUGUUUUACUCACAAAUCAAAGCUUGUUAUACAUGAGAGAAGUCACACAGGAGAGAAGCCAUUUCCAUGUUCUGAGUGUGGGAAAUGUUUUACUCACAAAUCAGCUCUAAUUGAACAUAAGAGAACUCAUACUGGUGAGAAACCAUUUCCAUGUUCUGAGUGUGGGAAAUGUUUUACACACAAAUCAAAUCAUGUAAAACAUCAGAGAAUUCACAAGUGA